AGCGCAACUCCGCAAGCAACCACCCGCACUCCGAUCCCGCCGAGCCAAAGCCCCCCGAGCUCACACAGCAAGAAGCGAGCUCCCUCGGCUCGGUCGCCUUCGCCUUCGUCUCGCCAGGACCCGGCAAGCUAGCGAGCAGUCGAGGCGCUCUCGGACGUUAACGGGCGGCAGAGGUAGAGAAGAGAGAUGGGGCGCGCUCCGUGCUGCGAGAAGAUGGGUCUGAAGAGGGGGCCCUGGACGCCGGAGGAGGACAGGAUCCUGGUGGCGCACAUCGAGCGCCACGGCCACAGCAACUGGCGCGCGCUGCCCAAGCAGGCGGGCCUCCUGCGCUGCGGCAAGAGCUGCCGCCUCCGAUGGAUCAACUACCUCCGCCCGGACAUCAAGCGCGGCAACUUCACCCGGGAGGAGGAGGACGCCAUCAUCCACCUCCACACCGUGCUCGGCAACAGAUGGUCGGCAAUUGCUGCCAGGCUGCCGGGGAGGACGGACAACGAGAUCAAGAACGUCUGGCACACGUACCUCAAGAAGCGCCUCGAGCCCAAGCCAGCCACCCAGCAGGCGCCCAGGCGCAAGUCCAAGAAGCAGCAGCAGCAGCAGCCUGCGGAGAUCGUGAUGCUCGACGGCCCGGCCAGCACCGUGCCGGUGUCGUCGCCGGAGCAGUCGCUCUCCACGUCCACCACCAGCAGCACUGACUACUCGGCGGCCUCGUCGGUGGAGAACAACGCGGACAGCAGCUUCACCUCGGAGGAGGACUACCAGAUCGAGGACAGCUUCUGGUCGGAGACGCUGGCGAUGACGGUGGACAGCUCCGAUUCUUUCGGGAUGGAAAGGGAGGACGCCUGCGUUGAGGCGGCGCCGUCGGCCAACGAUGACAUGGACUUCUGGCUCAAGCUGUUCAUGCAGGCCAGCGACAUGCAGAAUCUGUCCCAGAUCUAGGCGUGCGGGAGGAGCUAGAUGGUCCCUCGCCUGACGAUGAUAUAUAUUUUUUGCCUCACAAUUCUUUGAAUCUUUGUUCUGCUCCGUUUCGGCGGGUGUAUAUCCGACUGAAAACUUGGGAAGCGAAAAGAAAUUGCUUGUUCAUGGCGAUAUUCACUUGUGCGCAUUACUAUACAUGA